GUCCGCGCGCGCAUGCGCGGCCCGCCCACGCCCGCCAACAUGGCGCCGGUGGAGCACGUUGUGGCUGACGCCGGAGCUUUCCUGAGGGACGCUCCUUUGCAGGACAUCGGGAAAAACAUCUACACCCUCCGGGAGGUGGUCCGAGAGAUUCGCGACAAGGCCACGCGCAGGCGGCUGGCAGUGCUGCCGUACGAGCUGCGGUUCAGGGAGCCCUGCCCGGAGUACGUGAGGCUGGUGACUGAGUUUUCCAAGAAGACUGGGGACUAUCCCAGCCUCUCUGCCACCGAUAUCCAAGUGCUGGCUCUCACUUACCAGCUAGAAGCAGAAUUUGUUGGGGUGUCUCAUCUAAAAAAAGAACCAGAAAAGGUUAGAGUGAGCUCUUCAGUUCAGCACCCUGAAACUCCUCUGAACAUUUCUGGUUUUCAUCUGCCCUCCAAGCCUAAACACUCACAAGAAACGGUGGAUCAUGGCCACCCAGCUGAUGGGCCUGAGAACCCGGAAUUCAGCUCCUUCAUGUUCUGGAGGAACCCCUUGCCUAACAUUGACCUCGAACUGCAGGAGCUGCUGGUAAGGCGGGGGUCUCUUACUGACAUCCGAGCCUCUGCACAAGAGUCAUGUGGGCUGGGAGAUUGUGUGUUGAUGUUUCAGGCUGACAGAGGCGAGGAGGAGGUGGAGGAGGACUGUAAAGACAGUGAGGACGACGGGGGCGGGUGGAUAACCCCCAGCAACAUCAGACAGAUCCAGCAGGAGCUGGAGCAGUGUGACAUCCCAAAGGACGUGCGAGUUGGCUGCGUGACCACAGACUUCGCCAUGCAGAAUGUCCUCCUCCAGCUGGGGCUGCACGUGCUGGCAGUGAACGGCAUGCUGAUCCGAGAGGCCCGGAGCUACAUCUUGCGCUGUCAUGGCUGUUUCAAGACGACAUCGGACACGAACCGAGUAUUCUGCGGGCACUGUGGGAACAAGACCCUGAAAAAGGUGUCUGUGACUAUCAAUGACGACGGUACCUUGCACAUGCAUUUCUCCCGAAACCCCAAAGUGCUGAACCCAAGAGGCCUCCGGUACUCACUGCCCACUCCCAAAGGAGGCAAAUACGCCGUCAACCCCCACCUGACCGAGGAUCAGCGCUUCCCGCAGCUGCGGCUGUCCUACAAGGCCAGGCAGAAGACUAACGUGUUUGCCCCUGACUACAUAGCCGGGGUGUCCCCCUUCGCAGAGAAUGACAUCUCCAGCCGCUCCGCCACCCUGCAAGUCCGGGACAGCACCCUGGGAGCGGGGCGGAGACGCUUGAACCCCAAUGCUUCCAGAAAGAAGUUUGUAAAGAAGAGGUGAUGUCGCAAGCCCUGCAGGCAAAGCGCCUUGCAGCCCGCUGCAGAGGAGCUCUGGAGUAUCAUCCCCAGUGUCUGGUCUCAGCCGCCUAGACAGAAGAGUAGGCCUGGCUCUCGAGGCUGCCUGAGCCGGUGCUGUGUGAGGUUGCAGCGCACACGCCGCCCUGCUGUGAGCACGCAGAGCCGGACUCCGCCUGGGAAGGGGAGCUGGAAGCAGAAGGAAGCGGGCCUGCAGCAGAUGUUGAGCCUUGAAGUUCAAAGGAAGAAAUACCCAAAUGAUAAUCUUUUUCUAAUAAACUUGUUGGUCAGCUCCUCUGCCUUUCUGUUCUCAUGCCCUUUGUGGAUGUGGACACUAACAUGACCAUUGCCUGAGGACCAACUCUAUAGAUUACUUUAUGCCAGAAACUAAGUACUCUACAAUAAAACUUUAAAUUUUUAAGCUUU